UAUGAAUUUGUUUAUAUUUUUGGAAAGCUGAAUUCGCAGCACAAUAUAAGCAAUUCUUUGAAUAAAAGAAUAUUGAGGAACAAAAUGGCAGAAUCUCUUUUUUCCUUUAAAAAGGCUGUUAAUAAAUCUAAAUUUACUCGAAAAAGAAAGGAAUCCUCAGACUCAGGUUCCGAGAGCGAUAAAAAGUUAGUUGUUGUGAGAACGGAUAAAAAAAAGAAAAAACUAAAUCCAAAUAUUCAAAGUACCAGUUUUCGAAGGGAAAGAAAAAGGCAAAAAAGUUCAUCUAAUUCUUCAUCGUCUGAGGAAGAAAGUUCUGUUGCUGUGAGUUAUAAAUCUAACAAAAGUUUACAGCCUCUCGGUCCUAGUGACCAAGGUGCAACUGCUAUAAAUGAAGUUGAGACAGAGUUAGAUCGUGACGCACAGGCAAUAUAUCAGAAAAGUAUUGAAAUAAAUAAAGAAUUAGAGGGUAAGCCGGACGAUAAAAUUUAUCGUGGUUUAAAUAAUUACACGCAGUUUUAUAAAAAGAAGGACACUGCGGCAGGAAAUGCCAGUUCAGGCAUGGUGAGAAAGGGUCCUAUUCGUGCGCCUGCUCAUUUGCGUGCAACAGUACGAUGGGAUUAUCAACCAGAUAUUUGUAAGGAUUAUAAAGAAACCGGAUUUUGUGGAUUUGGAGAUAGUUGUAAAUUCCUACAUGAUAGAAGUGAUUAUAAAGCAGGAUGGCAAUUAGAAUUAGAUUAUGCGAAAGAACAGAAAGGAGAAUGUGAAUCAGAUGGUGAUGAUAGUAAAUACGAGAUUCAUUCCGAUGAGGAUUCUUUGCCAUUUAAAUGCUUUAUUUGCCGUGAAAGCUUUGUCGAUCCUGUGGUAACCAAAUGCAAACAUUAUUUUUGCGAAAAAUGUGCAUUGGAGCAUUUUAAAAAAUCCUCAAGGUGUUACAUAUGCUCCACCCAAACAAAUGGUGUUUUUAAUCCUGCAAAAGAAUUAAUAAACAGAUUGAAUUAUGUGCAAUCAGAUAAGAAUGAGAAUUGUACAUCAGACAGUGAAUAAAACUACUAUUUUAUUAUGUUGACAGUUUGUAUUGUAAAAUUUAAUAAAAAUUUUAAACUGAAAA